ACUGUUGGUGGACGUUUUUUUUUUUUUUUUUAAUUAAGUUGAUCAUGACUGUAACUCAGCUGGUGUUUGUUGUCCGAGCAGACAGACCACUGUAAUUCAUGUAGCCAUUACUAGACGGGAGUUCACACAGCGCCGUCAGCCCCAAACUGGACCCUUUCUGCAAGCGUGGAACAACAACUGAACCUGAAAACUCUGCAGAUCUGGAACAAAUCUGGGACGAUACGCUACAUCUGAGUGGCUUCGAGAUAAAUUAAAGAUAUUCCGGUCAGGUUUAUCAUCUUUGAAGUUUUGCUAAAACCAUUGAAGUUUCAAAAUUUUUGCGUUCUCCCCACUCCGCCCGUCUAUCGAGAUGUGGUGGAUGCUGUUUCCCCGAUGGAUUUGGUUUGUUCUUGGACAUUGCUGGACUGCAUUCCUACAUAUGGACUGCCGUGUGACAGCGAUGCCUAUGAUGUCCGUGGCAAAGGUGGUGUACUCUCACGCAGGUCUGUGCCCCAAUGAACUGAACCCCAACCUGUGGGUGGAUGCGAUGAGCACCUGCAUGCGGGAGUGCGAAUCCGACCAGGACUGUGAGGCAUUUGAGAAGUGCUGCCCUAAUGUUUGUGGCAACAAGAGCUGUGUGGCGGCACGUUAUAUAGACAUCAAGGGCAACAAAGGCCCCAUUGGAAUGCCAAAGGGCGCCACCUGUGACAAGUUCAUGUGCACUCAGCAAGGCUCCGAGUGCGACAUCUGGGAUGGCCAGCCUGUUUGUAAGUGCAGAGACCGGUGUGAGCGGGAGCCCCACUUCACGUGUGCAUCUGACGGCAUGACUUAUUAUAACAAGUGCUACAUGGACGCAGAGGCCUGCUCCAAGGGUGUCUCAAUCACUGAGGUCACCUGCAGGUAUCACCUGUUCUGGCCAAACACGAGUCCAAUCCCUGUGGAGACCACAUUACAUCCCACUACCGCCCUUCAGACCACCAUCCCAACUGAUAUUCAACUUCCUGCCAUACACAACGCUCCCAUUAAACAGACUGUGCUGGUGGGUGAGACGGCCAGCUUCCUGUGUGAGGUGUCCGGUAAGCCACAACCAGAAAUCACCUGGGAGAAACAACUGAAGGGCAAGGACAAUAUUAUAAUGAGACCCAAUCAUGUACAAGGUAACAUUGUGGUGACCAAUAUUGGCCAGCUGGUCAUAUACAAUGCCCAACUUCAGGAUGCCGGAAUCUACACAUGCACUGCGAGAAAUGUCGGGGGAAGUGUGUCAUCACACUUUCCCUUGGCAGUGAUCAAGAGUGACCUGAGGGGUAAAAAUGCAGAAGGGAAUAAUACUAACCUCCCAUUCCCAGCAGCAGAGUGUCUCAAGAGUCCUGACACUGAUGACUGCGGAGAAGAAAGCAUAAGCUGGUACUACGAGCCGAAGAGGAACAACUGCUUUACCUUUACCUACAGCCAGUGUAAUAAAAACCUAAACCAUUUUGAUACCUAUGAAGUAUGCAUGGUGUCCUGUGGGGGGGAGCUAGCUGCCCCUUGCAGCCUGCCAAACCUACAGGGGCCUUGCAAGGCAUAUGAGCCCCGCUGGGCAUACAGCAGCACCCUUAAAAAGUGCCAGUCCUUUGUGUAUGGAGGCUGUGGCGGCAAUGAGAACAACUUUGAGUCUAAAGAGGCCUGUGAAGAGAUGUGUCCCUUUCCAAAAAACCACAACUGCAAAGUGUGCAAGCCUCGAGGCAAAAUGGUCUCCAGCUUCUGCAAGAGCGACUUCGUGAUCCUCGGCCGCAUGACUGAGCUGAUGGAAGAGCAAGAGUCAGGGCAUGCGUUGGUAACCGUAGAGGAGAUCUUGAAGGAUGAGAAGAUGGGUCUAAGGUUCUUUGGCAAGGAACCGCUGGAAGUCACCCUUCUGAACAUGGACUGGAACUGCCCCUGUCCUAACAUCACCAUAUCCGAUGGGCAGGUGAUCGUCAUGGGGGACGUGCACAAUGGGAUGGCCAUCCUGCAGCCCGACAGCUUUGUAGGCUCCUCCAGCACUCGCAGAAUCAGAAAGCUGCGGGAGGUUAUCCAGAAGAAAACCUGCGAUUUCCUCAAAGAUUUCUCUGCAGCAUGAUAUCAUACCAGCAAUACAGCUCAACUGUGUUUAUUUUCAGAUUACUUAAAGCUCCUGUGACCUCACCAGUCUGACUGACAGCCAGUUUUCUUGCAUUUCACGUUGUUUUGUUUUUUGUUUUCCAUUCUUCUCAAAAGAUCUUAGAAAAACUGUUAUAAAAAAUUGCUCUGAGCAAAGUAUUUAAUAUUUUACCUUAACAAAUCUUAUCUUUUAUACACUAAUAUUAUUUGUUUAGUAAUAUUGUUAAUACAAUUAGUAUGUGUCUUUUUAUGAUGGGUAUCUUAGGUUCCCAUUGUGUCUUUAUCGCUUAAAGGGAUAGUGUGGGUUUAUUCAAUUAGGGUGCUGCGGAGAGGUUAAGAACAGUGAUUAUCUUAUCUACAGUAAAUAGCUUUCUAAAUAUGAUUUAAGAAUUCAUAAAAUAGUAUUUCCUGCAAUUAAUGUUUUGAGGUUGGAAUUUCUAUGGAAAAUUGGGGCUUUUAGAGUUAUAAGAUAAUGACUGCUCAUAACAUCUUCACAAAACAGCCAAACUAUCCACUUAAGGGGAUAGUUAAGGAUUUUUGAAAUGAGGACCUGAUAGGGUCAUUAUCAAAUAAUAUCUUACUUGCAGAUGAUAGCUCUGUUGGUGUCUUCAUUCAGUUUAAAUCUAGAUAAGUAAACUCUGAAGGCUGCAGCUAAUGCCUUGUCUACACCAAAGUGUGCUUCUACUGUCUUAAAGCAGUUCUGUUUAUUAAUAUAAUCAUUGGAGUUUAUGGAAGGGCUAUUUAAUGAAUAGUUAACCAUAAUGACAUUUGCAUUGAACAGCAGAAAACUCGUAGUAUCUUAAUUUAGGCCUUCUACUAGUCCCAGUGGCUAACGAUAGCAGCUUAUACUAGCAGCUAUUUUAUAAAUCAGGCUGCUCAGUGGCACAGUUGGUAGCACUGUUGCCUUGCAUUGAAAAGGUCCUGGGUUCAACCCUGUCAUAGGGUCUUUGUGCAUGGAGUUUGCAUGUUCUCCCUGU